ACAAUAUACUAUCAGUUACAGUCUCGCUACUAGCAUAUGAAGUCGGUCAUGUAACCUUCCUUCUGGGCGGAGGUAGCUAGUUCAUAUAUUGAAGUGAGGGUUUAAAAAGCAUUCACUGUUAACAAACCGAACCAGAGAUAACCUUGCACAAUUCCGGCCAGAGCAAGGAAAUCGCUAGACCGGUAAAUGUUGUAGCCAUCUUGCCGCCUGGUCAAUACCACAGAGGAUCAUGAACAAAGUGAAAGCUAAACCCAUGUUUAACUGUUUAAACGGAAGGGAUACUGAAAACGAUUAUAAUAACUUAGAAACAGCAUGAUGUCGUGGAUACUUCCUGGAGGUAAUUUCCUAGACCUGGGGACGCCGAUAAUGAUAUGUUUUCUCUGUGGGAUGAUGUCCGCAGACCCUCCGACAGAAAGUGCAAUUGCCUUGAUGAAAAUAUAUCCUUUGAUUGAUGGCCAUAAUGACCUAGCUCUAAAGAUGAGGAUUCUUUUUAAUAACCAGCUGAGUCAGGUUGACCUGCGCCACAUUAGCAAAGUAGCUACAGACAUCAGCAGACUCACAACGGGACAUGUCGGAGCUCAGGUGUUUGCUGCAUACGUGCUGUGCGGUUCCCAGAAGAAGGAUGCAGUGAGGCUCACACUGGAACAGAUAGACUUGAUCCGUCGCAUGUGUACCGAGCAUCCAGACCUGGAGCUGGUUACAUCUGCAGAAGGACUGUACAACUCUAAGAAGAUAGCAUGUCUGACCAGUAUUGAGGGAGGUCAUUCAAUAGACAGUAGCCUGGCAGCCCUGCGGAUGUUUUACCAGCUAGGGGUUCGCUCCAUGGCCCUCACACAUACUUGCAACACUCCUUGGGCAGAGUCCUCCUCAACAAUUUAUGAUGUGUAUCAAAGAGAAAAUGACAGCCUGACAGACUUCGGUAAGGACGUGGUGAAGGAGAUGAACAGACUCGGGAUGAUAAUAGACCUGUCCCAUAGUUCUUGGGCCACUGCCAGGGCAGUACUGCAGGUGUCCAAGGCUCCAGUUAUUUUCAGCCACUCUUCAGCCCACGCCAUAUGUAACCACAGUCGCAACGUCCCCGAUGAGCUGCUCCGCAAACUGAAGGAGAACAGGGGACUUAUUAUGGUGAAUCUCCACAGUAGGUUUGUGGCUUGCAGUGGCAAAGCUGACGUCUCCAUAGUGGCUGAUCAUUUUACCCACAUAAGGAAAGUGAUUGGAGCUGAGUCAAUAGGAAUUGGAGGAGACUUUGAUGGGGCUUCAGAGUUUCCUGUUGGACUAGAGGAUGUGUCCAAGUAUCCUAAUCUAAUCCAGGAGCUGCUGAGGAGAAACUGGACAGAGGAAGAGUUGUCUGGUGUCCUCAGACACAACUUCCUGCGGGUGUUCACGGAGGUUGAGAAUGAGCGUGACAGGCUUAAUAAAACUCUCCCAAGUGAAGCUCAGAUAUCCUUGGCUCAGGUGGAGAACCCCUGCAGGCUGGUUCUGAGGCUUCCUGACCCAAAGGGAUCCUCCCCUGAUCAGCAUGCCACGGGGCACGGGGACUCAGUGACCCUCAGUGGUGUUGCCCAGAGAACCAUGAUUAUACUGAUUUCCUGCUUCUGUUUUCUGCUACACCAGCCACGCAACAUUUAUUAGAUUAGAUUGUAUAGCUUUACAACGUUAAAUGUUUUAAAUGUUAAAUUCUCUCUGGUUUUUUUUCAAUGGCCACAAGCCAAGUGUUACUGUUUUUUUUGUGUAAUUUUCUUGAAUGCAGUUGCAGUCUGCCUUCUACGAAGCACUUUACGUAAUUUUUAGUUUUGGUCAUUUGAACUUAUAGGGCUUUGUAUAUUUACACAAAGCUCUGCAUGCGUCUAAUGCUAUGUUAUAAUGCUUUAAUGAAACACAUUAAACUCUAUUCACAGUCCCAUUCUUAAUAUGUAUUUAUCAAUAUUUUAUAUAUAUUUGAAAUGCUUUAUCAAUAAUCAAGGCCACAUGGUUGUCCAAGUUAUUGUUGAGUCUAGCAAUUCAAGGCAGAUUGGACUUAGCUUGAUGAAGUGAAGCAUGAGCUUCAGGGAUGUAAUGAGCUCUCUAACAAAGCUAGAUAUUUUAACACUGGUAAAAGUAAUAACACAUUGUUCAGAAUGCAAGUAGCUUUCACUGUUUAAUGUAAUAAAAUGUACACUUUAGGCA